AUGUUGAAAAAACCAGGACUUCUGUCGACAUGCUACAGUCUUCAGAACCACCUUCAUUCCCACCAAUCGUCGACGUCACCACCCUCCCUCCCACAACAACGAGCACGAUCUCUUCCACAGCUGCAGAUCAAGCGGACAUAUGCAGAUGUCCAUCAUGGACGAGGCCCGGACUUUCGUGACAAUAUGAACUGGCCUACCAAGACGUCUUCAUCCGCAAUCCCCACUCCCUACGAAAUAUUUGAUCUAGAGAAAGGCACCGCAUAUUCCAAGCACAAGUUCUAUGAACUAGUCAAGAUCUACCAUCCAGAUCGACACAUUAUAGAAGACAAUAUCUCUAGCAGAGAGCUCUCGCACAGUGAGAGACUGGAGAGAUAUCGUCUCGUCAUCUUGGCCAACGAGAUCCUGUCCGACCCUAUCAAGAGAAGAGAAUACGACAAUCAUGGUGCGGGAUGGGCAGGCCACCAGCGCAUAAGCAACAGACACACUCGAGGAUACUAUGCGCCAGGUAGCAAGAAGCCAUAUGGUAGAGGCGAAGGCUACGAUAAUUCUCCUUUCGCUAAUGCUACGUGGGAGGACUGGGAGCGAUGGUAUGCCAGAGACACCAAUGAAACAGCGAAGCAAAGUCACGCAGGAAACUAUAUCAGCCCGAAUAUGUUCGCCUCCUUCAUACUUAUGAUGGCGGUCAUCUCUGGCGUCGCACAGGCUACAAACGCCGGGCAGUUUUCAGGGUCGAUCGAGGAGAGAGCGCAGGCCUUUACAGCAGAGACGAGCCGCUUUCUCAACAAUAGAGCAGAGAAACAGAAGACAGAUACCUUGGACUCAGACUCGCGAAUAAAGUGGUUUCUGGAGAAGAGAGAUCCUUCUAAAUCUGGGUUGAAAGAUGCCGAGGAGAACAUCUACAAAGAUCAUUUCUCGCAACGCCUCCUCCCAGCUCCGAAGCAAGUCGACGUAUCAGACACUGCAGACUAA